CCGUUGGAAAGGAGCCGUUGAAGGGAGAAGCCGGUGUGGUUGGGUGAAGAAGGGGCUCGGGCAGCCAGGCUUCCCCCGUAGGAACACAUCAGAAUGCAUCCGCUCAAUGAAGAUCCUGGGUCAGGAGAGGCUGUUGCAGGGGAAGAGAAUGGUCAAGGGAUGAAAGACUGCGGGCAGGUGGACACCUUUUCCAACAAUGAGGACAACUUAACAAAAUCAGAACUACAGCCUCAACUGCCAGAAGGAGAACAAGGAACAGAAAAAGAUCCUGCCAAUGAGCAACUGAAGUCGAAAAUUAUUAGGAAUGACUGUGGUAAUGGAGAACCAGGCAAAGGAGUAAGGCCAGUCAGACCAUUCAUUUCACAUAGCAAAGCACCACAGAAGAGAGACAGUUCUGUGACCAACAUACAUGAACAGAAUAAGGAAAAUAGAAAUGGUGACCAAAAGCCGGUGGUUGGCUCAUCCUGUGAACAAGCAAACAAACAAGGUGGUUUGAGAAUGACCAAAAAGAUACUGAGGGACCUCUGCAAACAGCAUAAGUUGUAUGUGACCCCAUCCUUGAACGACACCCUCUAUCUCCAUUACAAAGGAUUUGAUCGUCUGGAGAACCUGGAAGAAUAUACAGGAUUGAAGUGCUUAUGGCUGGAAUGCAAUGGCUUGACUAAGAUUGAGAACCUGGAUGCCCAGACGGAUUUGCGUUGCCUUUAUCUGCAGCUGAAUUUAAUACAUAAAAUUGAGAAUCUUGAACCCUUGGAAAAGCUGGACUCUCUCAACCUCAGCAACAAUUAUGUCAAGACAAUUGAAAACCUCUCUUGUUUGAAAGUUCUGCACACUCUACAGAUUGCUCACAAUCAGCUGCAAACAGUUGAAGACAUACAACACUUACAGCAAUGCCCAAGUAUCAGUGUCCUUGACCUCUCUCACAAUAGGAUAGAUGAUCCAAACAUUUUAGAUGUCCUGGAGACCAUGCCUGAUUUGCGUGUAUUGAACUUAAUGGGAAAUGAAGUAAUAAAGAAAAUACCUUAUUAUAGGAGGACACUUACCAUCCGAUUGAAACAUCUGACGUAUUUGGAUGACAGGCCAGUGUUUCCAAAGGACAGAGCCUGUGCAGAAGCCUGGGCUAAGGGUGGCCGUGAAGCUGAACAAAGUGAAAGAGAAACAUGGGAAUCGAAAGAAAGGAAGAAGAUCCAAGACAGUAUUGAUGCUCUUGCCGCAAUCCGGCAAAAAGCUGAAGAGAAGAAAAGGCAGUGGGAAACAGAAGAGAGAGAUGGAACAUCAGCUGACAGUGAAGAAGAGGAAAUCCCAUCUUCAAGCAGCAGCACUGAGACGGACACUACAGGAAAGGACUCGAGUACUUUGGAAGCGUUGGAAACAAAGAAGAAGAUUGAUAAAUUUGUGAAGGACAGCAUGGAUGCCCACAAGGAGGCUGUGGCUGAAGCAGCAAUCUUAGGAGAUCAGUUGGGGAGACCAGAGAGUGGUCAUAGAAGUAAACAUGAACAGGAAGUACAAGAAUCAAGCUUUGACAUGCAUUCAGAUUUUGCAUGCAUUGCAGAAGAGAUGCCAGUAGAUAAGAUGGCUACACCUGGAUUUCUGCUCACUGAACUUGCUGACCCUGCAGAGAUAGAACAAAUUAAGUUGGAUGUACCAGAAAAACUUUUUCUUGAUGAGCUACCUGAUUUGGAAGAUGUAGAUAUCAGUGAAGUCUCACCAGGAGAGAUCUUCACUAGAAAGCCAAGUUCUCCAAAGAUUGAAGUGAUUUCCGAAGCAAGUGAUGACAGAGACCGCAUAGUUGAAAGAAAUACAGACACUUCUAGGAAUAUAGAGACAGAAGAGAUCCCAAUCUCUAUCUUUUCAAACACAUGUAAGAUACCCGAAGUCUGUCAAAAGGAAGGCAUAGAACCCAUUGUAACAGACCUUCUAACACAACAUGAGGAAGUCUUGGAAGCCAAAGUACAACCAGCAAAACCCUUGAUCGAAGAGAUUCCAGGACCUUUGAAACCAUUAACAGAUGAUGAAGGAGAUGAAUUAAUCCCAGACAUUGUGGAAAAUGGAGAGUGUCACAUUGUAUCUUCUUGCAUAGGGAAUAUCUCUGAAGCAGAUAGAGAGCAGCAUAAUCCUGAAAAUGAAUGAAGACGUGUUGUAUGAAUUUAUAAAAUAGAAGCCAGGAUAUUUCCCAUUGUUCAUUAGCAUUACUGCAUCACAGCGGGUGCUGUAACCCUGGCAUCAUUAGUCACAAAUGCUUUCUGUGACACUAUUUGCAGGCAAGCAAAAGUCCAGUCUCUGUUCAAUAGUUGUGCCUUACUUUUACCACACUGCUGUGAUCAAUGGCAGAGCAUGCAGUGCCAUGGUGCAGAUGGGGGCCUUAUGCAUUGGUCUUUCCAGGUGCUAAGCAACACAAGCUCACCCACAGUAUGCAUCUGUGAAAGUUCAAUGCCACCAAGUCAGGUAACCAACAUUUAAAAUAUGAAUUCAGUUUUCAGUCUAUUUUCUUUCUUCUGUUGAGAAAAGGUUGUUUAAUCAGUAGCAUCCAGCAAAAAUGAUAAUUUAAGUCUCAUUUAUUUUGGUGAGAGUUGAGUACAUGAUUAACUUUCUCCCCCUGAAAUCACACUUGCUUCACUUUUGUUGGAUUCUGCUCUAAGUUUGUAGAAAGUCAUUGCCAUUGUUUUGCUUAUUUUGGUUACAUGUUUACUUUUGUUUGUAAUUCAGUCUGAGUAAAUGAUUUUGUUCUCA